CACUGGGUCCCUUUGCAGUAGUGUGUGGACAGGAGAGUUGUAGACAGAGCCGAACAGAAGCGUGAACAAACAGUAGUGCCAUAAAGUGAACAUUUGACACUAUCGCGAAGCUUUUAACUUUUACCGCGUGGAGUCGUGUUGUAUUGUCAUCAGAGAGGGACGCCGACAGCUUACAACGCGCGCGCGUCAGCUGGUAUGAGCUAACCCAUCAAGACAUGGAAACCAAACCUUUCUUGUCAUUGGGGUUCCUGAAACCCCAUUGCUCGAUGCCACCUCAGAGAGGACGAGCAGAAGCAUGCACGUGUUUCAGCGGAAUGUGUGCUCUUCAUCAACGCAGGCUUUCUACAGACUGCUCGGGACAGAUGACGUCCUCUCCUCUCAGCUCUCCCACAUCCCACCGGGGGAUGCACCCAUCACUGCUGAGCCCGACUUCUUUAGGCCACUCAGGGUCUCUGCACUCCCCCAUCAGCACUCUGAGCUCACCCAUGAACGGCCUGGGCUCUCCCUUCUCUGUCAUCAGCUCACCCAUGGGGCCACAUUCCAUGGUGUCACCCGGGAUGGGCUACGGCCCCAGCAUCAGCCCACAGCUGAACUCGCCCAUGAACUCUGUCAGCAGCUCAGAAGAUAUCAAGCCGCCCCUGGGCAUCAACGGUGUGAUGAAGGUGCCAGUCCAGCCCUUGGGCACCCCCCUUUCCCUCUCCAAACACAUCUGUGCCAUCUGCGGCGACCGCUCCUCAGGUAAACACUACGGUGUGUACAGCUGCGAGGGGUGCAAGGGUUUCUUCAAGAGGACUGUGCGUAAGGACCUGACUUACACUUGUCGAGACAGCAAGGACUGUAUUAUCGACAAGCGCCAGCGCAACCGCUGCCAGUACUGCCGCUAUCAGAAGUGUUUGGCCAUGGGAAUGAAGAGAGAAGUGUUGUUACAUACAGCCGUCCAGGAGGAGCGCCAGCGAGCCAAGGACCGCAACGAGAACGAGGUGGAGUCGACCAGCAGUGUGAACGAAGACAUGCCUGUGGAGAAGAUCUUGGAGGCGGAGCUUGCUGUGGAGCCCAAGACGGAGACUUACAUUGAAACCAAUGUACCAAUGCCCUCGAAUUCACCCAAUGAUCCAGUCACAAACAUCUGUCAGGCCGCAGACAAGCAGCUCUUCACUCUAGUGGAAUGGGCCAAGAGGAUCCCGCAUUUUUCAGAGCUCCCGCUGGACGACCAGGUCAUUCUUCUACGAGCAGGAUGGAAUGAGCUCCUCAUUGCGUCAUUUUCACACCGUUCAAUAUCAGUGAAAGAUGGGAUACUGUUGGCCACAGGAUUGCAUGUGCACCGGAACAGCGCCCACAGCGCCGGAGUAGGAGCCAUAUUUGACAGGGUGCUGACGGAAUUGGUGUCAAAGAUGAGAGACAUGCAGAUGGAUAAAACAGAGCUAGGGUGCCUUCGAGCCAUCGUCCUCUUCAACCCAGACUCCAAAGGCCUGUCAAACCCAGGUGAGGUGGAGGCGCUGAGAGAGAAGGUCUAUGCCUCUCUGGAAGCCUACUGCAAACAGAAGUACCCUGAACAACCUGGAAGGUUUGCUAAGCUGUUGCUGCGGCUCCCUGCCCUGCGUUCCAUUGGACUGAAAUGUUUGGAGCAUCUGUUCUUCUUCAAGCUCAUAGGAGACACGCCCAUCGAUACCUUCCUCAUGGAGAUGCUAGAGGCGCCCCACCAAAUGACAUAAUGACAUAACGCCCUCCUGUCGCCAGGGGGACACAAGGGUCUGCCACCCCAAAGGCCCCUUAGAAACUGAACACGUGACACCAUUUGCCAGAGCAAAGGAACUUUCAGAACCGCCGCUCAACUCAGCGUUUCCAAUACACAUUCAUGGCGUCCAUGGGUCUGUUUUAUACUUUGUAUAAAGAUAUAAAUAUAUAUAACACAUAAGAAAAAAGAUAACAAUGGAAUUCAAGCCCACAGACAACAGUGGGAAUGGGUGUAUCAAACUAUCCUUCAGUUGGUUCAUAUGAAAAAAAAAAAAAAAAAACGAUAGAUUUGAUCGAGGUGCAGUAAUUGUAAGAAUUUCUUACGCAAGCUUGUGUACGUUGGGAUUUAAGAUGAGAGGGAUCGAAUAUGGCCAUCCUGGGCUGAUGUGUCUGGGCACAUGAAGACAUAUGGGAGAUGAUAAUAAUGGUAAUGCGGGUAAUAAUCCGGGUUUCUAACACAAACUUUGUUUUCAGCCCCUGAUGGGAGUUUUUGCGAUAACAAUCCUGCUCAAAUUGCCAUUUGUCCCUCAAGCAGGCUGUUCCUGAUAGAAUGUUCUUGUAAUUACUGUCAUUUAAAAAGUGAGUGCUCUGAGCAAAGGAGCCAAUGAGGAAUCACAGACCGCGUUCGUUCUCCCACUUCACCCCGAGCAUCAUCAGUGGUGGGUAGGAGACGCAAUAAGGACGUAACUUCAGGAUCAAAUAGGAAGGGACACUGAGGUCUCGCUGUGAGCAGAUCCCAGUGUCUAAUGAGCCACUCUGAGUUUUGGACUAUGAUCAUUCACAAUUUUUCAUUGUGCACUCGAAACAUGAGCUUUUAAAAUUCCGAUCUGCCUGUUCUCACAUAGCCCAUGAUGCUGAAACGUGAGUGAAGUAAACUAAGGACGCUUAUAGUGGAUAUCCCAACGAUAAGUCGCCCACAUGUCCCAGUGUGUCUCAUCUGUAUACCAAUUCACCUCAAGUGGUUUUCCAAACGAGUUUGACAUUUGUACAGUUUAUUACAACCAAUUCAGUAUUGGUGUCCUGUAUUUUGUGGAUGAUUUUUCAAAAUGUGUGCCGUUACCUCUCUUUCAGUCACUUUUACUAUGGUAUAUUGAUUCCUUUGUGUUCCUCAUUCACUCCUGCGUCAGCCUUUCGCAUGAGCCAUCUCAUGCAUUCAGGUCUUGCAAAUCUGUGUUAUCAUUAGGAUGUUUCUAAGCACUUAACCUCAUGUUUCAAGUCCCAUUGUUGUGUUUUUGGGGCUGCCUUUUUAUUUUAUUUUAAUUUUUUUAUGAGGUAUCAUCUGUUUUCUGGGCCUGUAAUUUGCCAUUUUCAGCAUUUUUUUUUAUUUCUGUAUGCUGCUGCUGCUGCUAAACUAUGCAUUUAGCAUCCCCCCCCCCAAAGACUAUCCAUAGUGAGAC